AUGACGGACAUUGAUUGGCCCGAAGAUCCUCAAAAUGACGCAUUCAAGGAAACUGCCAAUAUGUGCGCUUCAAGCGACUCUGGCUCCAAACCAAGCGCCUCUGCACUGGGUGCUAAGAUUCAGAUUCCUGAGCCGAAAUCCGUGCGCAAGGAUCGUCGCGUCAGCGCUGCCUGGAACGAGGCUUUCUUCAACAAGAACGCAGAAUCGCUUCUGGACCUGGACGAUGACGAGGACCAGCUCGCGCCAGAUCUCCCUCCCGUCGAUCUGUCUUUCCUUCCCAUGUUUACCGCCCCCCUUUCCGGAGACGCAACUGCUAACGAAUCCGGCAAUACUCCGAAGGAUGAUCGGGACCCGACAUGUAGUGAAUCAGGUGGUACCGCUGAACACCAGCGGAUGACGAGCGAGCAGAAAGUAGCCGCGAUAAUAGAAAAGAGCAGCACGAGCGACUGCGCGGAGGUCUCGAAGAGUGCGACAAGGGGAGGGUUGGAUCAGGGCCCGUCAAGUACACGACUCAAGCUGCCUGGCGCCGCACCUCGAUUUCAUUCUUCGAAUGCGAAGACGGCAAAUGGAGCAGGAGCCUCCCCCGCUCCAGGAGCGAAGACUCCCGCUGCUUCGAGCAGGACUCCCAAGUCAGCGAUGACAACAGCGCCGGGUACAGGCCGACAGCAGAGCGUGGGAGCGAGCGCUUCUAGGCUCGCAAAGCAAGGUAGCGGUGGGUGCGCUGUCGGCGGUGUCGGUUCGUGCAGCCUGUCGAAGCAUGGCGGUAGCACCGCCUCACACGCGGGAACGGCAGAGAGGAGCAAGAGGGCGUCGGCGACGUCUAGUAGCUCUUCUCACUCCCGUCAGGCGGCAUCGUGUGGGGUUCCCAGCAAAGGAGGAGCCGGGGCCAGCGCGUGCGCUGCGAGAGUGGAUCUGCACAGCCGCUUUGAGUCGUCCACAGACGUUGAGGACUCGACCGACGCUGGGCAAUCGCGCCGACCUGAGGAAGAAGAGUCGCUCAAUGAGGCCCAAUCGCAUGCGGUUUCUGUGAGUGGGGAGGAAGAGAGCGUGAUCACUGCACAGCGCGAUAUGCGUGAUCACUACGUAGUGCGUUUCGAGGAGGCUUCAGCUGCUUCUGGCGCAGAGAAGCCCGCAGGAAAUGUACUUUUGCGCGCGUCCGAGUCGGAAAUUGUGGCUAAAUCUGAGGAUGCGCCUGCAGGCGCCUUGCGCGGCAUGGUGGGGCGCGGAUCUAAGGCCAUGCGCGCGUGCGCGCCGUCCCCGAUGAAGCCCGCCGCCGCGCGGGAGCCGUUGCCGGUGCAGGCGAGCGCAGCUGGGACUCAUCGAGGCUCGAGUGGGAGUGCGAGCAGCGCGCGCAGCUCGAAUGACACGAAGCAGCAGCAGCUGCGGGAGUGGCAGCAGCAGCGUCAGCUGGCUGUGGCGGCCAAAUCCCGGCCGUCGGCCAGCGCAACCGCAGGAGGACCCCCCAGGGCGGCUGUUCGGGCUGGUGCGAACAUCGGAGGGAAGCCUGGUGUGGGUCCGGGAGCAGUGGCGGCGAGAGCAGGGGUGCCUAAAUCCACGAGUCACUGCACGAGUACGAGUCUCGUUCCCGCUGGCCGCUCCCUGGUGCACGGUGGUGCGUCGUCUGGCGUGGGGGGGUCCGGGCUGGACGUGCUGCGAACGUCGUCUACUCGCUCCACUGGGACGUCUACCGAUGCAGGGAAACGCGUGGGGUUUGUGGGUGUAGGGAGUGGGCACGGCGCGGCUCACGGCAAGGGUUCCGUCGCAGCUGCUGCUGGUUUUGCCUUCUCCGCUGCUGCGAACUCUACGACGGCGAAGGUUGCGACUGCUGUUGCUCGCACAGUGUUUUCGGCGAAACCGCGGACGCUUAGCAAGGAUUCGAAGGCUGUGAGCACAGAGGGAUCUGCAGGUGCCUCACAGGGUAGUACCAGCGGAGCGGUUGGUGCUCCCAGUGCGGCCGGUGCUUCCAGUGCGAGUGGCCUGUUUGGGCUCAAGUUCACCGCGGGAAAAGCGGAUGAUCGUGCGGCUGUCAAGAAAGGCGCUCCUGCUGCUACCUCCAGGCGGGUCAGUGGCGUGGGAGCGAGGAAGGCGCGGUUUGGUUUCGGUCUCGGCGGGAAGGCAGCACCAACUGCCAAGGAGAAAGAGGAGGAAGCGAAGGAGAAGGCGGGUUGCGGCAGUACUAGUCAGGCACUGGCAGUGGGGCAAGGGGGAGCGAAGCGGGUGGCAGCAGACAGUAAAGUGGCGAGCGGGAAGCAGAUGGUGGUGAGCAAGGGAGGUGCUCUCGCCAAGGAGAAAGCGCCGGGUGCGUCGACGUCCCCUCUCGCGGCGGCGCUGAAAGUGGCCGCUAACCACUCGAAGCUGCUGGGACUCGCCUCCAGGAUUCCUGUUCCGAAAACGACUGGAAGGUUUGGGUUUGGCGGGAGCUCGUCUAACGCGAAGGCUGGCGCGGGGAAGGAGAGUGAGAAAGCAGCGGGGAGAGGGGUGCACGGUUCGGGUUUGGGUGGUAAGGUCGAGGCGACGCACGGGCGCGCUGGACAGCAGAAGACGCAGCAGGCCCACGCAGGGCCUUCCCAGACCAAAAUCGAGGCUGUCACCCCUCGGGCGAGUCGAGAGAGCAAUGCAUCACACAGAAGCAGCUCGUCGCAGCAUAGCAACACGGUGCACGCGACCAACACGCCCCGCGCGAGUAACACGCCGCACACGAGCAGUACGCUCCGCGCGAGCAGCAGCGCGCAGAAGAAGCCGUCGCCGCGGGUGGAGAAGAAGGCGGGCAGCGGCACCCACUGGGUGCCAGGCGGCGUGGCUCAGCCGUCCGCGCUCGCCGCGGCGGAUGCUGCGUUCUCCGCCAUGUCCACCCCGCGGAGCAGCGAUGCGGGGCAGCAGCUCAGCCGGGAAAGGGCGGGAGAGAAACAUACGGGCAACGACGGGCAAGAGGAGCAGCAGCAGCAGGAUGAGGAAAAGAGGCAGUCUGUGCACCCUGGGGGGGUGCUGACGGUUGCGAUGGGAACGCUGGCGGAGCAGGGUGAGUGUGCCGAUGAGAAGGAUGUUGGAGGGGAGUUCGGUACGGUGCAGGGAGGAGGCGAGGGUGGGGAGAACGCGGCAGAUGAGGGGCACAAGAUGCCUGGCGGCAAGAGUGGGAGCGAGAGCGAGAAAGGGAGGAAGGGGCUGUCGCUGAAGGCGAUUGGGGCGUUUGUUGCUGGUGGGAGCCCGUGGAAGAAAUCAGCCAGGAAGGUGGCAGCAGAGAGGGAGAGAGAGGAAAUGGAGGAAGCUGGGAAUGAGCAGAAGGAGAGGAGUGGGUCUGUGGUGUGCACUCCACAGAAGGCGCCAGGAAGGGCAGGGCAGGUGGAGGAGGGCGAGAGGGGUGCGAGUAUUGAGACGGUUGAGAAGGAGGGGGAAAGGGGGGCGUGGGCGAGCACAGAGAAGGUGGGCGAGUGGGUGGGCGAGGUGCUUGAAACCGCUGGGACGCCAGACGGCUCAGAGCAGCUCAAGACAGACCUCUUCAAAUCCAACCUCGCCAAGAAAGACCUCUUCAAAGGGGCCUUUCCCAAGCCAGAUUUUCCCCAGGCACCUCUCACCAGCGCGAUCGAGCAGCCUUCUGAGGCAGCUCAGAAUCAGAAGCAGAAGCAGCCUGUCUCGAGCUCGAGCCUGCAGUCUGCUGCGUCAUCCUCUGAAGCAGGCAUGUACACUGCUCCUGCCUCGCCUGAGGCUGAGGAGGAGGGCAAGGACGGGCAGGAGGGCGACAGCAGGAGCAUACUUUCUCAGAAGGGUGACGGCACGAGCAGGGGCAGGUCGCUUGGUGCGUCUGGCAGGGGAAUGUUCACUGCUCCUGCGUCUCCUGAGGCAGAGGUGGAGGGGGGAGGGGAGAUGAAGGAGGAGGAGGAGGAGGCAGGGGAGGUUACUCCCCCUGGGAGUGGGGAGAAGCAGGGGGGAGGGGCGGAGAGGGCAGAGGCAGCUGUGGGAGCUCAAGGCGAGGAUUUGGAUCCGUUCAUGAGGAAGGUUCUGGAGGCAGAGGCGCUGGGAGUGGUGAGUGCUGGGAGUGGUGAGGCAGAGGCGCUGAGAGUGCUUUCGCUGCUGCUGGUCGCUGGUUGUGUUUUCCUUCAGGUUGCUCUUGAGAAGAAAGGAGGGAGGGUACUUAACUCGCCACUGAUGACCAAGCAGCCAUUACCACCCAGAAAUCCCUGGUCACCGGUGCGCAAGGCAGAGGUGGGCCCGUAUGAUUGCACCAAGAGGUCCCUAGCGGCCUCUCUGGACAGCUUCUCCCUCCCCGCCAGCAGCUCUGGUGCUUCCAACUUCUCAGUUACUGGCAGGAUCGGCAGUGGUAGCAGUACUGGUGGGUUUCCAGGAAUGGGGAAUGCCGGGAUGCGCAUGUCCUACGGGCACUAA